CAUUCCAUGCUUUUUUUCUGUUCAGCUGUGAUGGACUGACGACCUGUGUGUGACCCACAUAGCACAGUUGAGCAUCUAACACCUUUAAAGUCUCGCUUCAACUUUACUUUUUAACCUUUAAAAUUGUAUAUUAGUAUUUUACAACAUGUGUCUGUUCCUCAGGUUUCCAUCUUGGAAGCUCUGAACACAGACAAACCCAAACAGAUUUAACAGGUUUGAUUGAGUAGAUACAUGAAACAUGUGACCACUGUUGAUGUAAAAAUAUUCAUUCUCAUUUAUUGAGUCUCUCUUGGUUUAUGUGGAGUUAUUAUAUAUAAUGUACUAAAGUGUUUGUAUUAUUACAUUACUUUGACACUUUUUGAGCUGCAGCCAAACACAAACUCAGUGUGAACACAGUUAAUAAAUGAUCACAUGUCAAAUAUGCAAAUGAAAUGUUAUUCAUAAACAAAUUAUCUUUAUUUAAAUGCAUCAACAAAAAUGUUUAAACACGUAGAAGAAAAAAAUGAGGAAGACCAGUGUAUGAAGUCAUACAUGUAACAGGAAGUCACAGUCUGCAGUCUGAUUCUAGUUCUACUAAACGUUCUACUAAACGCUUCAGUGAUCACAGCAGCAAAAUGCCUGAAGCGGAUGUCGUUUACGCUGAUGUCAAGUUCACAGCAUCAAAGGAAAACAAAGAACCGUAUUCUUCACCUGAAACCACUUACGAGGAAGUUAAGAUCACGAAAACUCCUACUUCAGGUGAGAGGUCAAAGGUCACACAGAGAGCGCUGCUGCUGGUGCUCUGUGCUCUGCUGCUUGCUGCUGCCGUUGGUCUCUGUCUUGUCUGUAUUGAUAAUUUAAAAAACAGAAAGGAACUUGAUGAAAUUCAAGAGCGGGUGAAAGGUUUUGAGCGUAAACUCCAAACCUCAAUGAAUGAAAAUGAAGCACUGAGGAAAAACCUCACAGCUAAAUCAUGUCCAACAUGUGAACCAGACUGGGAUCAACAUGGAGAGAGCUGUUAUUAUUUCUCCAGCAGGAGACUGACCUGGGACGAAAGCAGAACUGCCUGUAAACGUCGAGGAGCCGAUCUGGUCCAGAUAAACAGUGAAGAGGAGCAGCGGUUCCUGGAGAACAAAGUUAGAGGAAAAAUGAUCAUUGAUGAGGACAAGUUCUGGAUCGGACUGACAGAUUCAGAGGCCGAAGGCAGAUGGUUGUGGGUGGACGACUCACCUCUGAACGAAAGUUUGUCCUUUUGGUACGGCAAGGAACCAGACAACUGGACCGGACGUAAUCCUGCAGGAGAGGACUGUGCCAGGAUGGGAAUAAAAGAAGGAGCUACAGACCUGAAAUGUUGGUUUGAUACAUCCUGUGUUAAAAAUGAAAAUAGAAUAUGUGAAAAAGCAGCUAAAACUGGAUGAUAAAGUCUGUUUGAAUCAAUUUACAGCUUUUAUUGGUUGCUUUGACACAGCCGUCCAAUGAAACAACACAUUUUCUUAACAGUUCACACAUACAGGUCUAAACAGCUGCUCCAAUGCCAAAAUGACACACUUUGUUUGCAAAAGGCCCUAACUGUGUCAAAUCAGUCAUAUAACAGUAGACAGUCAAAUACAAAACACUUAUCUUAGUGUGAAUCAGUGCGUCAUUGAUUGUCAUUGUAGCCUGUUGCUAUUUGACGUCAUUGUAGUUUAUAUCAAAUUUACCUUUUAUGCAAAGAAUUGGAUCCAGAUGAAGAAAGGCUUUGAUUUAUUGAAUCCCUGACAUUCGUUUUUUCAAGCUGUGGCAGAAAACGGAAAUAUUGUAAAUAUUUAUUUAAUGGAUUUGUAAUAUAUAUUUUACAAGAGCAAAUGUAAAAGGACUUUAGUCUACAUAAAUCUUUAAAACUAAUUUUUUUUUGUGACUCUAUGACUUGCUUUUAAGGAGUUAGUUCUGAUAAGAAGUAAAACAUAUUCACCUUUUACUAAUAAUAAUCUAAACUCAUCCUUUGAAACGUUCAUCAGCCAAAGUGUGGCAGCGUUUCCACAUCUGUACAUUUAAAUCUGUUGAGGUUGAACAUUAAUAAACAUUGUAAUAAAUAUC